AUGGACACACUUGACAGGGAUCUCAUCCGUGCUGAGGUCGACGCAAAUGUCAACAGACCUGACACGCUAUCAUACAUAGCUACCCAUGGCCCUGACAUGGAGAGAGACUGGGCCGAUGGCGAGUCGACACCUGAUCAGACCACGACCCAUGGAGACUUGACAAACAUCAGUACACGCAGUUCUUUCAAGUUGCAACACUCCAAUCCAGGCCUUGACCCCGUCGAGCUAGAAAGGAUUAGUCGGCAGCGAACCCAGCAUCAGGGAACUAUGGGUCGACCUGCAGAUACAAGACGGCGAUCAACAGCCACCAUAAGAACAGUCACCACAUUGGGAGCCGGGAAGCCAGUACCUCCGCCAGACAACAAGGAGGAAUUUGUGGUAGAAUUUGAGGGCGUGGAUGAUCCCGAGCAUCCGCUGAAUUGGCCUUUUAGCAAGAAGAUCGCCAUGUCUGUGAUCCUCUCAUACAUCACGUUCAACGCAUCAUUCGGCUCCGCUAUUUUCUCUCCUGCCAUCGGCCAAGUGUCCCACCACUUUCACGUCAGCACCGAAGUCGGGGUGCUCGGUAUUUCCCUGUACGUCCUGGGGUUUGCAUUCGGUCCAAUCCUUUGGGGACCUCUCUCCGAGAUCUUGGGUCGCAAACGACCUCUCGUUGUCGCCAUGUUCGGGUUCAGCAUCUUCGCCGUCGCGGCCGCCACCUCGAAAGACUAUCAAACGCUCAUGCUCACGCGAUUCUUCAGCGGCUUCUUCUCGGCGGGCCCCCUUGCCGUCGUGCCAGCCUGCUUCGCUGACAUGUAUGACGACAGCCAGCGUGGGAUCGCCAUCACUGCAUUCGCGAUGGCCGUCUUUUGUGGGCCCUUUGCCAGCCCCUUCACAGGAGGCUUCAUCACCCAGAGCUACCUCGGCUGGCGUUGGACCAUGUACAUCGUCAGCAUCAUGGGCUGGCUUGGAACCGUGCUUACACUGUUCCUCGACGAGAGCUAUGCGCCUACCAUCCUCGUGAGCAAGGCAGGACGAAUCCGCCGGGAGACCAAGAACUUCGCCAUCCACGCGAAGCAAGAAGAGAUCGAAGUCGACAUGGCAGAGCUGAUCAAUCACAACUUCAUGCGCCCGAUCAGGAUGCUGUGCACGGAACCCAUCGUCUUCCUGAUCACGUUGUACAUGAGCUUCAUCUACGGCCUGAUCUAUCUGUUUCUCGGCGCAUACCCACUCGUCUUCCAGAAGGUGCGAGGGAUGAACUUGGGUGUUGGCGGGCUCCCGUUCAUCGGCUUGAUUCUCGGUCAACUGUGCGGUGGCGUGUACAUCAUGAUCGACCAGACACAGUACAAGAAGAAGCUUGCCAGGAAUCAUGGCGUGCAGGUUCCUGAGUGGCGUCUCCCUCCCGUGAUUGUCGGCGCCGUGUGUUUCAGUGUUGGUUUGUUCUGGUUCGGUUGGACCGGCUUCUCCAAAGACAUCCACUGGCUUGCACCAACGGCCAGCGGCGUUGUCACUGGAUUUGGCAUCCUGUGUAUUUUCUUACAGUGUUUCAAUUAUCUCAUCGACACCUAUCUCAUGUUUGCCGCAUCAGCAAUAGCCGCGAAUUCUCUUCUGCGGUCCUUCUUCGGCGCCGGAUUCCCUCUCUUCGCGGACCAGAUGUUCAACAAUCUGGGUAUACAAUUCGCUGGCACGCUUUUAGGAUGUCUCGCAGCUAUCAUGGUUCCUAUCCCGGUGGUGUUCUAUCUCUACGGCCAUAAGAUCAGGGCUUUAAGCAGAAUGAACCGACGCUCGGGUCCUGAAGAUGAUGGUACAGAUGACGAGACUGGUGAGGAGAAGGUGUGA